AUGAUUGUCGUGAGCAGCACUGAGGUGACAACCUUGCCAAGUGGCCAGCAGAUGCUGAUGGAGCCUGUGACUGGACAGUUCCCCCCGCAGACUGUCGCACCCAUGGGCACACAGCCACCUGGCCCUGGCUACAUGUACGCCGCACCGGCAGGAACAGAGGCCGCACCCACGACCCUGCCUCCGGCAACACAGGCCCCUGGUCCAGGCUUCAUGUAUGCAGUCCCCACCGCGACGGAGCCCGUUCCCACGGAGCUUCCAGCUGACGCUGCCCCCGGCCCGGGCUACAUCUUCGCUGCUCCCGAGGGUGUGCCACCUGGCGCAAUGUACGCCGCCCCCGCGGCCACUGAGGUGCCACCCGGUGCAAUGUACGCCGCCCCAGCGGCCACCGAGGUGCCACCGGGUGCAAUGUACGCUGCUCCCGCGGCUAUGGAGGGUGCAAUGUACGCCGCCCCUGCGGCCACGGAAGUGCCGCCAGGUGCAAUGUAUGCCGCCCCUGCGGCUACUGAGGGGGCGCCAAUGAUGUAUGCGGCUCCACUCGGCGAGGGUAGUGAGGGGCAGCCAGCACCGGCGCCCAUGUUGGGGCAGACCAUCAUGGGCAACACGUACCAGGCAGAUCUUUAUUCGUAG